AUGGAGGGAGCCGCGCGGCCUCGCAAGCGCUACAUCUGCUCAUUUGUGCCGUGCACGGCGGCCUACGACAAGCAAUGGAAGCUGGACGCCCACCUCUGCUCGCACACCGGCGUCCGGCCGCACGCCUGUCCGCAAGAAGACUGCGCAAAGUCCUUCUGCACCCCGCACCACCUGGCCCGCCACCAGCUCACCCACAGCGGCCUGCGCCCCUUCGCGUGCACGGCGGAGGGUUGCAAGGCAGCUUUCAGCACCAAGUCUGGCUGCGCGCGGCACUUCGGCCGCAUGCACGCCGUUCGCUCGGAGAGCAAGUUGUACGCGUGCACGGCGGAGGGCUGCGACGCCGCGUUCAAAAAGCACCAGCAGCUCAAGGCGCACAUGACCGAGAGCCACCACACGCACUUGCCCGCCUACGCCUGCACGCACGACGGCUGCGGCUUACGGUUCAACUUCCCGAGCCGCCUCAAGCGACACCUCAAGGUUCAUCAAGGCUACCCCUGCAACCAGCCGGACUGUACCUUCACAGGCGCCACCUGGACUGAGUUUGUGAGGCACCGCAAGGCGCAGCACCAAACUCGAGUGUUUUGUCCGAAAUGCGGCAAGGCUUUCCGCGACGCCUGGUUCCUGGAGCAGCACGGGCGCGUGCAUGCCGACACGCGGCAGGUGUACCGGUGCUUGCGAGUGAACUGCGGCCGCGCCUUCACCACCCUUUUCAACCUGCAGAGCCACUUGCGCUCCUUUCACGACGGGCUGCGACCCUUCGCCUGCGACCACCCGGGCUGCGGCCGGACCUUCGCCAUGAAGCAGAGUCUACGGCGCCACGGCGUCGUGCACGACCCGCAGCGGAAGAAGAUGGCGCGGCCCAAGAGGAGGUCAAGGUCACUGAUGUCCCGCUUGAGCGGGUUCAGCGACCGGGCGGCUGAAGGGAAGGCGUCCGAGACCCGGGAGGCGUCCGAGGCCCGGGACGCUCCUGAGCCGCUGGAGCUGCUCCAUCUCCUGCGGGACACGGCCCUGUUGGGUGAAAAGCCUCAGGAACUGUCGGUGGCGCCGACGUCGCCGCUCAUGCUGUAGAUGAACGCUUUGGAAAGUUAGUAAAUGGUCCAAAUGUAUUUGACUUUUCUACAAGGAUGCGCGAGUGUGUUCACUGACCGGCUCCUCCCAACGACGUGCUGGCUAAUCGGGAGAGUCGGGACUUUUCCCGGAGGGCCGCUCCAAUGUGGGGCCAUCAUUUCAUCAAUGUCUGCUUUAUUGUCAAUUUCUUCACAUGCCAAGACAUACAAAGAAAUCAAAAUGACGUAUCUCUAUUUAUAGGCUACAAGUUAAGUAUUGUAUUCAUCUUUUUCAUUUAAUUCAUUUUCACCAUAUUAGGACCUACAACACUCACUGAAAAUGAGCUUGUGCGCAUGGAUGACGCCGCCAGUUGAAAGGAAAACGCUUCGCUAUGCGGCAGGGAAGUUCCAAAUAAAGCAAUUUCAAACAUGAAA